AUGGAAGAUGAUGAAUACCGACGUUUGGUCCAAAUGCUAAACAAGAAACAAAGGGAAUUUUUUUAUCAUGCUUUACAUUUAAUGAAGAUAUCUGAUGACCCAUUUUAUGCCUUUUUAAGUGGAAGUGGAGGAGUUGGUAAAUCUCACUUGAUUAAGUCAAUUUAUCAAGCUGCUUUAAAGCACUAUAACAAACGAGCUGGCGAAGUCUUUCGUCCCGUUCAAGUAUUGUUGCUUGUUCCAACAGGAAAAGCAGCUUAUGUAAUUAAAGGAAACACAAUUCAUAGUGCUUUAUCAAUUCCAGCAAGCCAAUCGCUUAAAAUUUAUAAACCACUAGACUCUGGUAGGUUGAACACUUUAAGAUGUGAACUGGGUGCAUUAAAGUUGAUAUUACUUGAUGAAAUAUCAAUGGUUGGAAACAGUAUGUUUACAAUACAGUUAAAUAACCGUUUAAAAGAUUUAAAAGGUAGCAAAGACGACUUUGGUGGUGUUAGCAUCAUCACAAUCGGUGAUUUAUUUCAACUUAAACCU